CUUGGAAUUGGAGUAGUCAGAGAAAUAACAGUGAACGCAUCCUUGAUUUUAAAAACAGGUACCAAAAAUUCACCUUCAACUCAUAACUUAUUCAUUGCUUGUGGAUCGACGUUUGAAAGUCUCACUAAAACCGUGCGUCUUGCGAUCGUAAGGGAUAUAAUAACAAGUGAGUUUUGAAACAGGCAAAUAUUGAAAGAAGCCGUCUGCUGUUAGUCGAUUCAACACUCAGGUGGGAGAGAGAGGCGAGACCAGUGUUUAGAACGAUUCUUUAUUUUGGUGUGAGAUGAAAAGCCUGUGGUGGAAAUAGAUUUGCUAGUAAAGGGAGACUUCGUAUCAUGAACAUUACCACAACCUUGGCAUGGCUAAUUACAGCCCACUUUAUCCAGGGGCUCAUAGGUCUUCCAAUAGACCGGGAGCUUCUUCGUGUCAAAAGGAAGGGAGGAGGAGAGUUUGACAACGGCGAGGAACUCAUCAACAAAGUAAGAAGAUCGCAAGACGACAAAGAAACUGAGAUCAGGCACAAAAGACGAUUCUUUGCCAUAGACACCACUGAACGUGAAUCACAGGAAAGUUACAAAACCAAAAUGGAGGCCAGAUCGUCCCGUUCAUCCCGUGAGGAUAAUGACAUCACAGCAAAACGACCCGAGAGAUUUCGACUCAGAAUUCACAAGAGAAGCCACGACGAAAGCUCUUUGAUCAAAGGCGAUACCAUUUCUGGUUCCGGCCAACAACCAGAACCAGGCACUUCCGGUUCCGGGUUAUGGAGCGGACCUUUGCAGCACUCAAAGAGAGACAAUAAGCGAAGCAUGAGUUCAAAUUCGCUUGACAGCCUCAUUGCAACAUUACGGGCGAUUAGCUCUCUCGCUCCAGAGGAUAAUGACAAUUCAGAUAAAGAGAUCGAGUCCUCGGAAUCUGGUUUAUGGCUAAAACCAGACAAUGCAAUCGAUGAUAAACUGCCGCAGUUUUUCAACGAGGAAGCAAGCUCUGGGAGCGGAGAAGACGCCGAGAAAGCUCUUAACAUGUUGAGCGAAACGGCGCAAAUGGAACUAAGCAAAAAUGGGGAUGAAGUCAGCAGUGGCUUAGCAGUAAGCGAACCAAAGGUUAGCAGCGAGGAGGACAAGCCAGAUAACGGCGGGAAAUUGUUCCGACGUGACGUGAAGAGUGAUUCACUGGCGGACGAUUUAGUAGCUGCCGCUGAAAACGACGAUAAAAGUGAUAAUUCUGAACAGGAGGAUCAUCUAUCUUCCUCAUCAGGAUCAGGAAACGAGAAGCAGGAAGCCGAAGAUGAAAUGUCACAACAGCCAGAUGAAGACAAAAUUAAAGAACAACCGGACAUAAAGACAACACGAACGUUAGCGGAUGCCCUGCUCCCUAACGCGUUUUUUCGCGUGAAGAGAUCGUCUCAAGAAGACGCCAUGCUGCUGUCUGAGAGCAACCUAGGUGAAAAUGACGCCUUGGUUAGCAACAGUCUUGUAGCGCGCUUUUACCGCGACCAAGACGCCCUCGCCGACGCACCGGACAUUACGGAAGCUUCGGUGGCAUCCCUUCCUAGCGAGACCGAAGCUGUUUCCAGCCUCGAUAAAAAAGUAAAGCCUGUGAAACGAGAAACAUAUUACGAUCACUCCGGAGACUUCUCAGAACCAAGAGUUGUGUACACAAGGGAGAUAACUGAGGCCCGCGAUCCAAUCAUAGAGCGGCCAGCAGUCUACUCACAGAGUACGGACGAGAGCGAAAUGGAUUCGAGUUUUGGAGGCGAUGAUGAUGAUGACGAUGACGCUACUCUAACGAUUCAUGAAAGAGAAAUUAGAGAAGAUGGAUAUGUUGGUUGCUACGAAGACAAGUCUCCUGACCGCGAUCUUCCCACAAUUCUUUCGGUGCCAAACCUGACUCCUGACUCGUGCCGCAGUGCAUGCCAGGGAGCUGGUCACGCGUAUGCCGGAGUGCAGUAUGGGUAUUUGUGCCGGUGUGGUGACUCGUACGGUAAAUACACCAAGGUAUCGGAUGAGGAGUGCAAUGCGCUGUGUGUUGGGGAUCGCGCUCAGAAAUGUGGUGGAUUCUGGAGGAGUGCAGUAUUCACGACCGCCGGAGCAAUGCAACCCUCAAAGCGCGGAAACUUCUUCCACAUUGAAAGCGUUCAGCCAAUGACAGAAGAUAUCUUCGACAUACCCCGAAAUGAAAUCGCCUCAGAGGUGCACGACGCACAGGAACACCAGUCAUCAACCAUACUAACAGAAACCUCGCAUGUGACAGCCUCAGCACCCCUAGCUCCUGAGCUAUCAGCAUCACCUGCCUCGGAAGCUACCACACCCGAGUCAUCUGGAGCAUAUAUUCAGGAGAUACACCGUGAAAAAUCCCUACAAGAAUCUCCAGUGCCAUCAACUCCGGCGCAAACCGCCAAACAGGAAGAUUCUGCUGCGCAUGCUUCUGGUGACUCUACUCCGCUGACUCCUGAGUCCGAACCUGCAAAUGACCCUACAACUGCGCAUACUCCCGAGAUCGUAUCUGCGCCAGCGAUCUCAUCUAAGUCUCCUUCUCAAGCCUCUCUCUUAUCAGAGUCUAAACCGUCUCUAGAUCCGCCCACUGUAACCAACGACCAGCCACCGAAAAUUGUUCGCCCUGGGAACAAUCAAGCACCCCAAGGUACCCAUGUGAGUCAGCUUGUGUAUCUGCAUCAGCAACAAGACAUUUUAUCCAAGCCGACCCCGAAAGCAGUCAUCGCUGUGGCUCCUGAGAGAGUGAAAGCGGGAACUAUAGCAUACACAGGAACAAUCAAGCUAAAACAGAGCUGGCUGGAUCAGUUUGAGGAUGGAAAUAGUGCGGAGUCAAAAAUUCUAACGGGGAAUAUCGAGCAGGCGUUUAAGCGUAUUUUCAAGAAUGAGCCCAAAUUUGUUAAUGCUGAGGUGGUAGGCUUUAGGGAGGGGCUGGUGAAGCACAACCCUAACACUAUUCGAAAAGUCAUAGCACCUUUCAUCUUAACGUUCAAGAAUGGCGUCAAAGGCAUCGAAGAAAAGUUGAAGAACAUGGUACAGAACUUGGGAAAACUGGACGACAUGCCAGUCUACAAAGAUUCCCUUCAAAUAGCUGAAUACGGCCAUUCACCAGCUGCAGAGAAGGCAAAGACUGUAAACGAGAUGAGCAAAGCUAAACACGAAGACCAGGAUGAGAAGCGAAGUGCUGUGAACGUUCCAAAGAAACCAUACACCUUACAGCUUUUUCUGAUGAAAGACUUCUUUGGAAAGAAGAAAAGAGCCACACAAGUAUUAACUCACUAAAUACUGAGUUGUUCAAGAAAGGCUUGCCCCAACAGCAACAUUUUACGACAUAACAUUAAAAUCGCCUUUGUUUUCGUUUUCAGAAACUUACAAGGAAAUAGUACGUAGAAGGUGUACAAGUUAUACUUCUUAAGCAUCGAACUUCAGAAGCAAAACCUUGAAAUAAGUAAUGUUACUUGGAAAAGGGAUCAAAGUACGUCGAAAGCAAGAUGAACUAAGUGUUCGUGUGAUGGAAAUACCUCUUGCUAACGCCAGAAAUCUCACUCAUGCAUUAUUUAUUGAUUUUUUUUUUUAAGUGGCACACAACAGCUGAGCAUAACGAAUUAAAGGAGUCUAGUGAUUCUGAAAUGACAGAACUGCGAUAAUUUUUAUGUUUACUCUGUACAUUUUAAAAAAAUAAUAAAAACAGAAGAUAGAACAACUUUAUCAUUUGUUUUAGUGUUUUAAUAAAAACAACACUAAAAUGAGGCAACAACAAGAAGUACAGCAUGCAUCCAUUGUCUGAAAACGUAAAUUAGAAUACUCUUCUAAUAUUAUCGAAGUGCCGUUUCCAAACACUUGAAACGAGUACAGUUCGGACACCGUUUGUAGAAAAAGUCAAUUAUACAAAGUUUGUUGGUUACGCUGCUUUCAUCUCCUUUAAUCUCAUAACUCGUUUAUUGAGUUCGUGUGGCUACAGUGAGAAGAGCGUGAAACGAAUUGUCAUUGUACCACCACUAUUUAGACGGAAACAUAUAUAUAUCGCAAGAAUAUUAUCCUUACAGUCAAUUUCCUCCUACCUUACGGUGAGAGGAAGAUCUAGCAGAAGCAUCGUAACUCACUUAGUCGCCUCUGAACAAUGUUACAUAUAUAUAUUCAAAUGAUUACCCUCUCAUUGAUAAAAAUGUUUUUCUUCAGAUUAAAACAGAAGCGAAACAUUUCAAUACUCAUUCUCAAUCCUAGUUGAGCUAGGUAGAACAAAAGACCGUAAAAAAACAAACAAACAAA